CACCCGCCCGUCGACAUGUACUCCGGCGACGCGACAUAUUUAGGCUCGGAUCGGAUCCACCUCCACCACCCCCCCGCGUUCCCAUUUCCCGAGUCCCGACCACCACCACCGACAGGCCAAUCAAUCAUGGAGUUCCCUCACCGCCACGGCCACGGCCACGGCCGCCGCGACGACGACGACGACGACCGCCGCCCCCCCGCCCCCUACGGCCGCCAAGAGCCCGACCCCUACGGCGCCCCUCCCCCGUCCUACGGCCGCCGCCCCGACGACGUCGCCUACGGCGCCCCGCCCCCCGCCUACGGUGGCGGCCGCGAGGACGACUACGGCGGCCGCGCCCCGGCCUACGGUGGGGGGCGCGAGGACGACUACGGCGGCCGCGCCCCGGCCUACGGUGGGGGGCGCGAGGACGACUACGGCGGCCGCGCCCCGGCCUACGGUGGGGGGCGCGAGGACGACUACGGGCGCCACGCGCCCGCGCCGGCCGGGUACGGCGGGGGUGACUACGGGCGCCACGCCCCCGCUCCGGCGUACGGAGGCGGCCGCGACGAAGGCUACGGCGCGCCCGCCCACGGCAACGUGGUGCACGUCUCCCACGAGUCCGGCGACGAGAGGCCGCAGUACGGGGGCUACGGCAACGAGACGCGCCCGCACCACGGCGGCGGCGGCGGGAUGGCGCCCCCGGCGACCAGGCAGCCGACGUACAGGGUCUUCUGCAAGGCCGGGGAGGAGAGCUUCAGCCUCGCCGCCAGGGACGGCAAGGUCUGCCUCGUCCGCACCGAUCGCGACGACGACACGCAGCACUGGAUCAAGGACAUGAAGUACAGCACAAGGGUCAAGGAUGAGGAAGGCUACCCUGCCAUGGCGCUCGUCAACAAGGCCAGCGGAGAGGCUCUCAAGCACUCCCUCGGCCAGUCCCACCCUGUUCUUCUGACCAGGUACAAUCCAGACACCCUGGACGAGUCGGUCCUUUGGACCGAGAGCAGGGAUGUUGGGGCAGGCUACCGCUGCAUCAGGAUGGUGAACAACAUCUACUUGAACUUUGAUGCGCUCCAUGGCGACAAGGACCAUGGCGGUGUGCGCGAUGGAACCACCCUCAUUCUGUGGGAGUGGACUGAGGGCGACAACCAGCGCUGGAAGAUCGUUGCCUGGUGAACGAUGCAUGUGCUGAAGUUUGUUGGUUCAAACAGCGCGCGGUCUUAAUAAUAAGCAAGUACUGAAUGUUUCUGGAAUAAAAAGGAUGGCGUCGAUGUGAGCGGUGUUUCUGUUUUGUUUGAGGAGUUAUAUAUACAUAUAUAUGUUAAUGAACUUGUAAUGGUGGAUUUAUUGGCCUAGAUUAUGUGUGAUGGAUGCAUGAGCAAACCAGUGCUUGUUAUUAUGCAUAUAUAUAUACAUGCCAUGUGACAUGUUUGUGAACUAUAAUAGAAUUGGUUUAUCUCAUCAUAUUGCUGUAACGGAGAUCUAUCUAUAUAACUUAGUUUUUGGUGGA